UGGUUGGAUAGCAUCAUGGACUUAAUAGACAUAAAAUUGCACAAACUCUGGAGAAGGCAAUGGCACCCCACUCCAGUACUCUUGCCUGGAAAAUCCCAUGGACAGAGGAGCCUGACACCGUACCCAGCUUCCUCUGGGGCAGGGUUUAAUUGCCCGGAAGCGGAAGUCUCUUCCUUUUCCGCUCUCUUCGCUUCUCGCCCCUUGACGUUCCGGCCGCGCGCCCCGCGCCUCGUCGCUAUGCCUCGCAAAAUUGAGGAAAUCAAGGACUUCUUGCUCACGGCCCGGCGCAAGGACGCAAAGUCCGUCAAGAUCAAGAAAAACAAGGAUAAUGUGAAGUUUAAAGUUCGGUGCAGCAGAUACCUCUACACCUUGGUCAUCACAGACAAAGAGAAGGCAGAGAAGCUGAAGCAGUCCCUGCCUCCAGGUUUGGCCGUGAAGGAACUGAAAUGAACCACGUACGCUGCUUUGAACUGUAUUAAAAUUUUUAAAAUUCUCAAAA